CUGCGCAUAAGGAAGCGCUCAUUCGCCCCAUUCCGCGCCUGCGCAUAAGGAAGCGCCCUCUGCUCCCAGCCCUAUUCUGCGCCUGCGCGUCCCUGUCCUGUGCUAAUGUCAGCGGGAAGAUGGCGGCUUCAGUGUGCAGAGCCGGUAGCUCAGUAGGGAAAGCGCUGUUACGGGCCCGCUCGCCGGCGUUGCUGAACCCCCAGAGGAAUGGCAGCGCGGUGCCCUAUACCCGGGCAGUACAGAACAUCCCCGAGACCCAGAUCUCCAGCCUGGCCAAUGGGCUACGUGUUGCCUCCGAGGAGUCUGGCCAAGCCACCUGCACUGUGGGCGUAUGGAUCGGAACUGGCAGUCGCUAUGAGAACGAUAAAAACAACGGCGCUGGCUAUUUCCUAGAACAUCUGGCAUUUAAGGGAACAAAGAAACGCCCCCAGGCAGCAUUGGAACAGGAAGUGGAGAGCUUGGGUGCCCACCUAAAUGCCUACACCACUCGCGAGCAGACUGCUAUAUACAUCAAAGCCCAGUCCCAGGACCUGCCCAAGGCUGUGGAGAUAUUGGCCGACGUGGUGCAGAACUGCAGCCUGGAGGACUCUCAGAUAGAGAAGGAGCGGCACGUGAUACUGCGGGAGAUGCAGGAAAUAGACUCCAACCUACAGGAAGUGGUGUUCGACUACCUCCAUGCCACUGCCUACCAGGGCACCGCUCUGGGCCGCACUGUGGUUGGGCCGUCAGAGAAUGCCAGGAGGCUGAACCGAGCGGAUCUGGUGGACUAUGUGAGCAGCCACUUCAAAGCCCCUCGGAUGGUUCUGGCAGCGGCCGGAGGAGUGAAUCACAAGGAGCUGUGUGACUUGGCUCAGCGACACUUCUCUGGCCUCUCCUAUGAGUAUGAGAAGGAUGCCGUCCCGCUGCUGCCGCCCUGCAGGUUCACUGGCAGCGAGAUUCGUGCUAGAAACGACGACCUCCCAUUGGCUCAUUUAGCUAUUGCUGUGGAAGGGCCCGGCUGGAACAGCUCCGAUAAUAUUCCCCUGCUUUUAGCCAAUGCGAUCGUUGGUAGCUACCAUGUGACGUACGGAGGCGGCAAGAACCUGUCGAGCCGAGUGGCCAGCGUGGCGGCGGAACACAAGCUGUGCCAGAGUUUCCAGCCGUUUCACAUUCGAUAUUCCGACACGGGGCUGUUCGGACUGCACUUCGUUACAGACAGACACAACAUUGAGGAUAUGUUGCACAUCGCCCAGGGAGAAUGGAUGCGCCUCUGUACCGGAGUAACAGACAGCGAGGUGGCACAAGCUAAAAAUGCCCUGAAAACUGCCCUGCUCGCCCAGCUGGAUGGAACAACCCCCGUGUGCGAGGACAUUGGGCGCCAGGUCCUGACCCUCGGCCAGCGCAUCUCAUUGGAGGAACUGAAUGCCAGGAUUGACGCUGUGAGUGCUAAGAAAGUGAGUGAGAUCUGCUCCAAGUACCUGUACGACAAGUGCCCCGCCGUAGCCGGAGUGGGGCCCAUUGAGCAGAUCCCCGACUAUAACCGGAUCCGCAGUGCCAUGUAUUGGCUGCGCUUCUAGCUCCGCCCACCCAGCGGCUGAACCAACCGACAGAGAGGAGAUGCGCAUCUCUGCCCAUUCGCUACCAGUUAACCCUUGUGUUUCCGACAGCAACAUCAGAAAGAGUUAAUAAAUGUAAUUUAAAUGUACACAA